GGAGGGGCCGGCAGGGGGCGGGAGCGCGAGCGCGGCGGCCGCGGAGACCCGGCACGGCCCGCGCCCCUCGGAGCCCGGCGCCACGCGCGUUGCCGUAGCCGCCGUCCCCGCGGGCGGGGACCGAGCCUGUCACCGAACCGCCGGGCCCCGGGCUAGCCGAGCCACCGAGCGCCCGCGCCGCGAGCCCUGACUCUAUGGCCCCGGGGGAGCGCGCCGAAGCCGCCGCGCCGCCCGCCACCUGCCGGAACCCGAGCGCCAGCCGUAGGGAGAGGGGAGCCCCGGGCGCCGCUGGCCCCGGCCCAGGGGCCCGACCGCGGCCCCCGCCCCCGGCGCGGGGCAUGGGAGGCAGGUAGCCGGCGGGCGCGAGGCCAGCUGCGGCGAGCAGGACCCGCCGAGGACGCCAAGCCCAGAGACAGGGAGGGAGGAGAGCAGCGGCCCGCCCGCCCCCGGCCGCAGCCCCACCAGGGCCCUCCCCCGGCGGCGCGCACCGGCGCGCGCACUGGCACACAGCCCCUCGGCGGCUGCCCAACCUCGCCUGCCCCCAGCCAGCGCCGGAGCCCCGGGGCCGGAUGCCAUGGGUAACAACCUCUCCAGUGUCCCCUCUCUGCCGCGAGGGAACCCGAGCCGGGCGCCGCGGGGUCACCCGCAGAACCUCAAAGGAGGAAGAGGUGCUGGGGUCCCUACUGAUGGGGUUGAGGUCCUUCCUGGGAGCCAAGUUGACUCCAUUGGGGGUCCUUUCCCGGUUGCCUCUCACCGAUGCCACCACAAGCAGAAGCACUGCCCGCCGGCACUGCCCGGUGGGGGUCUCCCGGCUACGCCGCUGCUCUUCCACCCACACACCAAGGGCUCUCAGAUCCUCAUGGACCUCAGCCACAAGGCCGUCAAGAGGCAGGCCAGCUUCUGCAACGCCAUCACCUUCAGCAACCGGCCCGUCCUCAUCUAUGAGCAAGUCAGGCUGAAGAUCACCAGGAAGCAGUGCUGCUGGAGCGGGGCCCUGCGCCUGGGCUUCACCAGCAAGGACCCGUCACGCAUUCACCCCGACUCCCUGCCCAAGUACGCCUGCCCCGACCUGGUGUCCCAGAGCGGCUUCUGGGCCAAGGCGCUGCCCGAGGAGUUUGCCAACGAGGGCAACAUCAUCGCCUUCUGGGUGGACAAGAAGGGCCGUGUCUUCUACCGCAUCAAUGACUCCGCCGCCAUGCUCUUCUUCAAUGGGGUCCGCACCGCCGACCCGCUCUGGGCCCUGGUAGACGUCUACGGCCUCACGCGGGGCGUCCAGCUGCUGGACAGCGAGCUGGUGCUGCCCGACUGCCUGCGGCCGCGCUCGCUCACCGCCCUGCGGCGGCCGUCGCUGCGGCGCGAAGCCGACGAGGCGCGCCUCUCCGUGAGCCUUUGCGACCUCAACGUGCCGGGCGACGAGGGCGCGCCGGCCGGCGGCUGCCCGAUCCCGCAGAACUCGCUCAACUCGCAGCACAGCCGCGCGCUGCCCGCGCAACUCGACGGCGACCUGCGCUUCCACGCGCUGCGCGCCGGCGCGCACGUCCGCAUCCUGGACGAGCAGACGGUGGCGCGCCUGGAGCACGGGCGCGACGAGCGCGCGCUCGUCUUCACCAGCCGGCCCGUGCGCGUGGCCGAGACCAUCUUUGUCAAGGUCACGCGCUCGGGCGGCGCGCGGCCUGGCGCGCUCUCCUUCGGCGUGACCACGUGCGACCCCGGCACGCUGCGGCCCGCGGACCUGCCCUUCAGCCCCGAGGCCUUGGUGGACCGCAAGGAGUUCUGGGCCGUGUGCCGCGUGCCCGGGCCCCUGCACAGCGGCGACAUCCUGGGCCUGGUGGUCAACGCAGACGGCGAGCUGCACCUCAGCCACAACGGCGCGGCCGCCGGCAUGCAGCUGUGCGUGGACGCCUCGCAGCCGCUCUGGAUGCUCUUCGGCCUGCACGGCGCCAUCACGCAGGUCCGCAUUCUCGGCUCUACCAUCCUGGCCGAGCGGGGCAUCCCGUCGCUCCCCUGCUCCCCUGCCUCCACACCAACCUCACCCAGUGCCCUGGGAAGCCGCCUGUCUGACCCCUUGCUCAGCACUUGCAGCUCUGGACCUCUGGGGAGCUCUGCAGGUGGGACGGCCCCCAACUCGCCGGUGAGCCUGCCCGAGUCACCAGUGACCCCAGGCAUGGGCCAGUGGAGUGACGAGUGCACCAUUUGCUAUGAACACGCGGUGGACACGGUCAUCUACACGUGUGGUCACAUGUGCCUCUGCUAUGCCUGCGGCCUGCGCCUCAAGAAGGCUCUGCACGCCUGCUGCCCCAUCUGCCGCCGCCCCAUCAAGGACAUCAUCAAGACCUACCGCAGCUCCUAGCCUGCCACACGGCAAGCCAGCAGGGCCCUUCUCUUCCUCACUUUGGAAACUUUUCCUUUUCCAUUAAACAUGGGACACUGAGGCCCCUGGAGGUUUGGGGAGAGAAGAGGAUCAGGCAGGGAGGUGUGGGGGGCAGAAGCCAAUCGCUGGGUGGGGGCAAGGUAGGAGGCCACUUUGCCUUCUGUGCACCGACUGCCCCUGCAUGCUGAGGGCUAGGGCUCCGCACCUGUCCCAGCCCUCUGGGACAUCUGGUGCGGAUUUUUAGGAGGUCCCUCCGGCCUGCUUGGCACCAUGGUGAGAACGCAAGAACAUGUACCCUUGGGCAUAUGCGGCCCUGAGCUGGGGCCUGUGGCUUGGCGAGUGGGGUGCAGACUGGAUUGUAACCUCCAUUUGCUUCCUCGGCCGGCUGCCCUUGAGUAGCGUGCAACCUUCUCAGCAGCAGCUCCUGAGCCACUGCCUCCCUGUGCUACACCCGCUUCCUGGCUGCCCUCUUCCUGCCUGUUGCGCCUGGCAGCUGGGGCAAGGUGGCCAGUGGGCGCUCCUCCCCUGGGCAGGGUGCAGCCUCCAUGCCACAGUGCCCGCCGCCCAGGUUGGGCGAGUGGAUGGCAGGGAGCGCUCCAGGUCCUGGCGUAGCCUUUCUGCUCCGAUCAUCUCGCGGACGCCAUUGCUCAGGGUGGCCCUUUGGUGUGGGCUGAGGGGCGGAUCUGCCUUGUGUCAGGGUCUCUUGAGAACAGGUUUGCAGCUUCCCUUUCUGGCCUGGCCUUGCACAGCUCAGUGCUGGCCUGGGCCACUUCUCAGAGGCUGUCACCUGUCCAGGAGGAGCGAGGACCCUGGGUUUCAGGGUGUGCGGGAGCUUCUCUGGGCUAAGACCAGCCCUUUGUCGUGUUUUUAUUUAUUUAUUUAUUCAGUUUGUGGGUUUUGGGUUUCUGCUUGUUUCUUUGUGAGCCCCCGGGAAUGCUGCCCUGCUGUGUGGGGAACCUGGUGACAGGCAGCAGAGGACGGCCCCACCCUGCCCAGACCCUGGCUGCAGCGCUCACGGUCAGCCCUGACAACCCUGAGCUGGGAAGAGGGGCCACAGCGGGAGGCCUCCUGGCACAUAGUGCCCAUUGAACAGAGAGGCAAGCUGGGGCCCGUGGCUCUUCCAGGGCCACAGAGGGCUGUUCCUCUCUGGCCCGAAGCUGGGUCACCUGGGACAUCAGGUGGCCUGAGAGCUCUCCCCUCCAUGUAGGCAUGGAAAGUUCUGGGAAGGCUUGGGGGGCAUAUGAGUUGGGGAGCAGAGCUGGAGGAGCCUUGUCACAGAGGGCAGAGGUGCCUCUCCACACUGCUCGGCUGUUCUGGGUCCUUGGGAAGAGUGCCCCGCUCUUGGGUUAUGGGCAGUUCAGCCCUGCCCGCCCUGUCUGGGCUUUGGCUCCCCUGCCUCCUAGCCUCUGCCGCCCUAGAUGGCGGCUUCCAUGACAGCUGGGUCCUGAGGUUCUAGUCGUGGCUACUGACUGGCUGUGUGGUCCUGGCUGGGUCAUUGCCCCUCUGAACCUAAGCUUCCUCCUCUGUGAAAUGGUUGUGUGUACCUGUGGGGGUGCUUUCUGUUUGACUUUUGGGAACUCUGGUGGGGCUGCCAUGGGGUGGUGUGAUGGGGAUGUGCGGUGGGCGGGGCCUGCAGCCCCUGGGCAGGCCCGUUCUACUCUGGGUCUCUUCCUCUCUGUCACCUGCCUUGGGCGAUCCCAUCCAGAGGCAAAGAAAGGCCUUAAGUGUAGGGGCUGCCUGGCCUGAAGGCUGGGGAGCGGAAGCCCAUCAUUCAUUGUCUGUUAGUGCAAGGGUAGCUGCUGCCUCCUUUGUGAACUCGGGUCGCUGUGAUUGUGAAUAAAGGUGAUUUCGUACCAGC